GCCGUCGUUAACCGUUUUUAUGGAAACGCUCCGGCGGCGGCGGCGGCGAUGUCCGAGUCGCCCGGAGAGAGCAGCGUCGCCGAGAUGGGCGCAGCGAGUGGCGUCAGCGACGUCCUGCAGGCUGGCGUAGGCGGCCGGAGCCGGGCCCGGGAGGCCCGGGAAGGCCCGACGGCCGCGAGCGCCAGGCCGCUGGCGCGGGGGCCGGAGCCGGGCCCGGCGUCCGCGGCGUCCGCGGCGUCCACGGCGUCCACGGCGGGCCUCCACGAGCAGCUCGGCCUCCUCGGGAUUCGCGAGCAGCAGCUGUUCCGCCAGUACCUGGACAGCUACGCCAUGAUCCCCGUCCGGCUGCUGCGCGACUUCGAGGCGCGCCGCCGGCUGUUCGUGGAAGGCUGCAGGGCGCGGGAGGCGGCCUUCGACGCGGACCCGCCGCAGAUGGACUCGGAGGCGGCGGCCUUCACCGUGGCGCUGGGCGCCUCGGGGGCCGUGGGCGCGCUGGCCGACUGA